AUGGCAGGCGACGAGUCACUGGUAGCUGAAUGGAAGACCUUGUAUGCAACGACGCUGCCUGCCCUCGCGAAGUCUCGCGAUCCAGCACAGCCGAAAUGGCCCGUGUCACUGGACCAUUGCUUUGCUAGGAUUAUUCUCGACAACACCGUCGGACAAGGCUCUCAGCAAUGGGACAAGGUUAUAGCGAAGCCUGCUGUGAAGAAUAUGAAUGAUGACCAACUUCGCGCCGCCAUUGAGCUUGGCGAACGGAUCUCCAGGGGUGAGAUUAACUUGUGCGAGCUGGAUCAGAUCAGCUUGAUGUGUCGUGGGAAGAAUGAGGCGAAGUACGCCAAGAGUAGUACUGGCCAAGCUAAGAAACGAAAGGCAGUGGAGGACAACGAUCAGCCGACAAAGACAGCAAAGGUCGAAAAGCAGCAAUCAAUGCUUGACUUCGGCACCAAGUCGGCGGACGACAAGGGCAGCACUAAGCCCAAGAAUGGCGUUAAGCCUGACGAUCUGACGGAAGCCCAAUUUAUCGAGAUUCUGGAACAAAUUCAGAAGCAUUCGUCGCUUACUCCAUACCGGCGCCGACUUUACACUGUCCUUCUGUCAGUGCCAAGAGGAUCACAUACAACCUACGCUGCCAUGUCGGACUAUCUCAACUCGUCCGCCCGUGCUGUCGGCAAUGGCAUACGCAACAAUCCCUUCGCUCCAGAUUGCCCAUGUCAUCGAGUGCUCGCCGCUGACGGCAGCAUUGGAGGCUUCCAUGGCGAUUGGGGCAAGGAAGGCAAGUAUGCCAACGACAAACUUAAGCUACUGAGGUCAGAAGGCGUCAAAUUUGACGUCAAGGGAAAGGUAGUCGGGAAGCCAUUCCGCGACUUCCAUGAGUUCGAGCAUCUGCAGCAAGAGCUCAAGCACGAGGCAACUUAA